GUGAGACGGCAGACAUUAAUUUAAUAUUUUGAUACCUAUGUUUCUCUAUGUUUCUUUAAAUCUCAGCUAAAAAUAAGAAUCGAUUGUGAAUAUAACAUAAAAACCUUUGGUUUAUUAUAACAAACUAGUUAUUUUUCAUAUCGAGUAAUAUAAUAUUUAAAUUCAAUAAUCUCGAAAUAACAAUAUUUUCCUGUUGGCUUUUCCAGUGUUAAAAAAUUUGUCGAUAACGUAAUCACCGGUCCUGUAGUGAGUAAUAUUAUUGUAUAUUCAGUUCUAAAAUUUUUAUAAACCCUGAACAACUAAUCAACUGGUGGAGACAUUAGCCAUGGAAAAAAACAAAUUGGACUUUGUGAUGGAUAACUUUGUCAUUCUUGGUCACCAACCAUGUCAAACAUCUGAAGCAAGGUACUUAUGUCUAGACGCUCUAUAUGAAAAAUGUCAUCGACCUAAUUUCUAUGACAUUGGUGGGACAUAUAUUCAAGAUGUUCCCGACUAUUGGUUUUUUUUUAAAACUGAGCAGGUUGCAGAAAUGUUUCUUGUUCACAUCUUCAUGACAAACAAGCAAGAGAGCACAAUUAAUGUACGAAUAAGUAACUCAAACAGUAUAACAUUUGAUAAAGAGAAAAACAUUGCAUUUUUAUCAUCAAAUUUGACCAAAAUUCAGUUUGAGAAUGUGCAGGAGCAAUCUCAUAAAUAUUUAACAACCUUCACGUUUGAAAAGUUCGAGUUAGAUCUGUUGAAAGGCAAGCAGUUGUAUAUAACAAUAUCAUUUAUGGAAGAUGAAAGUAAUGUAAUUGUGGAGAGUCCUAAAAAUUUGCUUGACUUUGGGACAUUGCUAGAAGAUCCAAUUGGGGCUGAUUUCACAGUAGAGUCUGAAGAUGGUGGAAAGUUCCAUGUUCACAAGAUUCUGUUAACAGCCCACAGUGAGGUAUUCCGAGCUAUGUUGAAAGAAGACACUGCGGAGUCCAAAAAUGGAUGUGUUAAGUUGAUUGAAGUUGGAAAAGAGGACCUACAUCAUCUCCUAACUUUUAUUUAUACAGGAACCUUGAAAGACCUUGAUGAAAUUAAUUUCUUCAACAUGUUAAUUCUGGCUGAUCGUUUCAAUCUUGAAGGCUUGAGGGAGCUGUCUGAACAUGCUUUAAUACAACAACUGUCCAUAGACAAUGCGUUAGAAAUGUUGGCUGUUGCCGAUUCCUACAAUUCACAGGCUUUAAAGACAGCUUCUCUUUUGUUUAUUAAGAAAAAUAUGGCAACACUGGAUAAUUGUAUUUUUGAAGAGCUAAAUAAUGCAGCAUUAGUGCGUGAAUUGUGCAAAUUCCUGGUGUCGUAAGAUGUUUAGAAGGAAUUGAAAAAUAGAUGAUAAUAAAUAAUAAUCAUAUUUUUCUUUAUAUUGAAUUUCUGUGAUUUGUUUUUGUUUGGAUUUUAGAAUAUAAGCACAAAGUUAUUAGAUGUUAUUCCUAAACUAUAAAGUUUUAUUUAAAAUA